GGCGUUUCUCGUCGGAAAAGGGACGCCAAGCCGGAAGAGGAUGGCGGCGGCCGCUCUGAAAAGAUUUUGGUCCCGAAACCGUGAAGACCCUGGGGGCCCAGCGGCCGCGAAGCCCGGCGUGUGGGCGCGGUUGGGCUCCUGGGCCCGCGUACUGCUCCGAGACUACGCGGAGGCCUGCGGGGACGCGGCGGCGGCGGCGCGGGCCCGGCCCGGACGGGCGGCCGCGUACGUGGGGCUGCUGGGUGGCGCGGCGGCCUGCUGCGCGCUGGCGCCCGGCGAGGCGGCCUUCGAGGAGGCGCUGCUCGACGCGUCGGGGACCCUCUUGCUGCUGGCCCCGGCCACCCGCAACCGCGUCUCCGAGGGCCACGUGCAGCGGCUGCUCUGGCUUCGGGGCCGCGGCCGCCUCCGCCACGUGAGCCUGGGCCUGUGCUCGCUCGUGUACGAGGCGCCCGUCGACGCCCAGGCCAGCCUCUACCAGGCCCGCUGCCGCUACCUGCAGCCUCGCUGGGCCGACUUCCCGGACCGGAUCCUGGACGUGGGCUUCGUGGGCCGCUGGUGGGUGCUGGCCGCCCGCAUGCGCGACUGCGACGUUAACGACGACGAGUUCCUCCACCUGCCGGCCCACCUGCGCGUCGUCGGGUCCCAUCAGCUGCGCUCCGAGACCAACGAGCGGCUCUUCGACGAGAAGUACGAGCCCGUGGUGCUCACCGACGACCAGGUGGACCAGGCGCUGUGGGAGGAACAGGUCUUGCAGAAGGAGAAGAAGGACCGACUCGCCCUCAGCCAGGCCGACUCCCUGGUGCGGCCCGAGGGGCCCAGAUGAAACCCCGGGCCUGGGUCGGGUCCGGGCUCCGAGCCCCGGCGGCUUGUGUGGCCCGGAGCGCACGGCCGCUGCGAGCCGGGGAAGCAAAUGCUGUGCAGAGCGCGCUCUCCCUGCGUUUUCGCCACCUUUCUAGAAGGCCGCUCUCCCUCUCCCCCUCCCCUUGUUCCUUGUUAGCUGAAGCGGUUGCGGAGCCCUCUGGGUCAGGGAGGUGGGGAGGGCCCAGCGGUAAGACGGCGGAGUUGAUCGCUGCGAGCGUUCGUCCUGAGCCCUUUGUGUAAAUGAACUUUUCGUGGAGUCUCACAGCCCCUCGCCCGAGGGAUCCUAUUUGUCGAGUGACUCCGGCGCUCUCCUAAGACUAUUCAGAUUAUUUUAAGCUUGGCAACGUUCUUUUCGUUGUCCCAAGUGUCUUUAUUUGAAAAUAAAGCUAAAAAAUUACUGGUCUCAGAGGAAAGUGGGAAAAUACCACAGGCAUCCUGCGCCCCCUUCCCCCAGCGUACCCCAAAUGGUAAUGUUUGACAGGAAGCCACACCCGACCCGGAGACUGCAGUGGGAGGACUGCAGACUUCACAGGACAGCAUUUUGCAAAAACCAACACCAAACUUUUUACCACCUAGGACAGUGAUGUCAAAAUGACGCAGAAGGGGAAAACAUUAUUUAAUUCGGAAUUAUCUAUGGAAUCAUAGAUGCUUAUAUUUCAGAAACCCUGAAAACCCAGAAUCCUGUGGAAUGGGAUGUGUUAGUGCACAAAGGUUAGGAUAACCCUCCUUUACAGACACAGGAAUGAGACUACCUCUGUCACCCGCGUGGUUUGUGGCUGCUUGAUAAAACCGUCAGAUGAAACAAC